ACUUCUGACUGUGGGGAAAGAGGCUGUGUGGGUGACGGCUUGGAAGGUUUACUACCGCCUCAAUCCUCUUCUCUGCAGUUGAGGUUUCAGGUUUCAAUCCUCCCAAUACCACAAGACAGUGCAGCGAGCACCGGGCGGCCGCCGCCUCCGCCUCCGCGCCUCAACCCCGGCAGCCUGCAGAUUUCAGCCCCGCCGCCGCGCACUCGCUCUGCCCUAGACCGGGGUUGGGCGCAGCGGCGGAGGCUGCUUCUGGGCUGCGCGAGCUGGGCGCGCUGGGAGGCGGCGAGCGCAGCUGGGCCGGGACUUCCUUCCUCCAGCGCACGGCAACAAAACAACCCUGCAGCAGGCACUGAGCGCUUGGCAGCUGUCCGUGCGAGCGAGAGGCACAGCGAUGGGCUCCGUGCUGAGCAGCGACAGCGGCAAGUCGGCGCCCGCCUCUGCCACCCCGCGGGCCCUGGAGCGCAGGGGCGACCCGGAGUUGCCCGUCACGUCCUUCGACUGCUCCGUAUGCCUUGAGGUGUUACACCGGCCUGUCCGGACCCGCUGUGGCCACGUAUUCUGCCGUUCCUGUAUUGCUACCAGUCUAAAGAACAACAAGUGGACUUGUCCUUAUUGCCGGGCGUAUCUUCCUUCAGGAGGAGUUCCAGCAACUGAUGUAGCCAAAAGGAUGAAAUCAGAGUUUAAGAACUGCACUGAGUGUAACACCCUGGUUUGCCUCAGUGAAAUGAGGGCACAUAUUCGGACUUGUCAGAAGUACAUAGAUAUGUAUGGACCACUGCAAGAGCUUGGGGAGACAGCAGCAAGGUGUGUAUGUCCCUUUUGUCAGAGGGAACUGGAUGAAGACAGCUUGCUGGAUCAUUGUAUUACUCAUCACAGAUCUGAACGAAGGCCUGUGUUCUGUCCACUUUGCCGUUUAAUACCUGAUGAGAAUCCAGCCAGCUUCAGUGGCAGUUUAAUAAGACAUCUGCAAGUUAGUCACACUUUGUUUUAUGAUGAUUUCAUAGAUUUUAAUAUAAUUGAGGAAGCUCUUAUCCGAAGAGUCUUAGAUCGGUCACUUCUUGAAUAUGUCAAUCACUCAAACACCACAUAAUUUUAUCAAAAGGAAGGGAAAAGGGACCACUGAAUCGCACCAUUUAAGAUGCUGCUUGAACAAGUUGGAAGUUAUCAAUGCUUGAUGGACAAAAAUGAACAAGACAGUUAGACGUUUGUCCAUGUUUAUUGUUAUAGUGCAUUUUAAAACUGCUUUAAUUUUGAUGGUUUAAAUCUGUUUUAUGUUCUUGAGAUUUUUACACAUUUAACAACCAAAAAUUGUCUACAUCAGUCAUUAUUAUAUGGAAAAGACACAGGGUAGGGAAGUGGGUGGAGGAUCUUGGUUUGCAGAUUAUAUAACAUUCGGUGUCUAACGCUACAUAUUAAUAAUUCCCAUCAUGGUUAGGCACGGUAACUAAUCUUUGUUCUAUGUAAAAAAAAGAAGAGUGAAACAAAGUGCAGACAUUCAAAGAAAUAUGAACUCUGCUCUAAGGCUCUUGUUCUAAUCUCUAAUAGAAUAACAUUAAUAAUCUUGUAUGGGAGUUAGAAAGGAAAACUUUGGAAGUCAAGAAAGUCCAUUUAGGCUGGGCACCAUGGCUCAUGCUUGUAAUCCCAGCACUUUGGAGGCCGACAUGGGUGGAUCAUGAGGUCAGGAGUUUGUGACCAGCCUGGCCAACACAGUGAAACUCCGUCUCUAUUAAAAAUAAAAAAAUUAGCUGGGUGUGGUGUGGGGCACCUGUAAUUUCACCUACUUGGGAGGCUGAGGCAGGAGAAUCUCUUAAACCCAGAAGGCAGAGGUUGCAGUGAGCCAAGAUUGCACCACUGAACUCCAGCCUGGGUGACAGAGCUAGACUCUGUCUCAAAAAAAAAAAAAAAAAAA